GUAUGGCUAUGAUGGACCUGUUGGUUCACAUAGCUGCUAAGAAUAGACUCAGUCCUGCAGGGCAUGUGAUCAAAGUACCUUCCCCUUAUCCAGGUGACGAUCCAAUACAGUUCAAGCCCAACACUCUGAUAGGAGAUUUAGGUGUCACUGAAAUACAAAUUGUACCAAAACGUGCUCCCGAACCUAAAGUACCAGUCAAAAAAGUGGCCAAGUUUGAGAAAACUGUCCGUUUGACUGUAUACCUUUCUAAGUCUAAUAAAUUCCUAGUACGAGUAAAUCCUGAUAAACCUUUGGUUGAGUUACUGCCUCAAAUUUGUGAAGAACACGGAACAGUGUCAACAUUUUUUACGUUAAGACUUCUACAUAAACCAGAUGAAGAAAUGGAUCUAUCAAAAACUUUAUCAGAUUAUAAAUUACCUCAAAAUGAAUUGUCUUUAGUUGAUCUUAGAGGACCUCAGCCAGUAGUAGCAGAUAUGCCUAAGGAGAAGAAGAAGAAAUCGAUAUUUGGUUUCAAGUCUACUACAAAGAAAAAACAGAAGGGAGACACGGACACAGAAAGCGUCAAGUCGGGACCGACUCAGCAACCGCCAUCAAGUGGUUUAACUGUAACACAAGUCAGAGCAUCACCAGCACCAUCACCAAAACCUCUUCGUCCCCCGCCUCCAUUGGCUGGUGCCGUGGCACUGCCUAUCAUUGAUGGAUCGCAUUUAAGGAAACAACAAACUGCACCACAGCAUCAAAAUGCUGCACCUCCUCCAGCACCCCCUCAGCCACCAGCUAGGAAGAGACCAGCACCAAGGCCUCCCAGUGUUACACCACGCCAAAGUGUCAAGGAACCACCGGUUGAAAUUCAAGUUCAACCAGUACAUGUAGACACUAUUCAAAAAACUACUGACAAUGGUUUGCUAGAAAAUAGAAUAGUGAUUGGUGAAGAAUCACACGAGUUGAUAUUAGAUAACACAUCUGCAACACCUGCGUCAUUGUCGUCUCAUAGUUCACUGCCUUCAUCACCAAGUCAUGGACCCAACACAAGCAAUAACAUUGCACCAGUGAAUGUUCCUGUCCACAAUGAAUCUGGUACGUUGAAGAAGCGUAAAGCACCACCACCGCCUAAACCACCUCAGCCUGUUACGAAAAGUGGAUCACCCCCUGUGGCUGCCAAAAGGGUGCCUCCUCAGCCACCGAUGAGGCAUCAACGACAGACGUCAACAGGCAGUACGGUUAGUGCUGGGAGCGACUCCAGUGGUGGAAACCGCAUAGACAGUUCACCUUCUGCAACGCCACCGACGACAAUAGAAAGACCCACUAGACCUGUACGGCGUGAUCACAGCCCGACAAGGCUGAAAGCAGUGCCGCCACCACCACCUGUUCAACCGACAGUGAUACUUGACCCAAGUCUUCUUGCUAACAAAACUGAAGCGCACACUGAAGGUGUAGCUUACCGUAAAAGAUCAUCCAAACCAACAAAACCGCCACGACCCCUGACUUACGCAGGUGAGGUGCUCGUUGAGAACACAAAAAGUAGACGACCCUGUUCCUUCAUUGCACCCCCUCCUCCAGAAGAGCCCCCAUCCCCAGAGACCGUACCUGAAGACAUAGACAAACUCAUCCAGGAGGGUCGGCUCUCUGUGGCCAUCGUAAGGGAUGAUACAGGUGCCGAUACGGAAGACAGUUCUGAGUCUGAAAAGAGUGCCUCAUUGUCCCUGUCAUCUGGCAGUACUCAGAGUGCUAUCAGCAGCUCGCGUAGUGAUGAACACACUGAAGAUCAAGACAGUACUAACAAAGAAAAAUCACAGAUCACCGAGAUGCUGGAUCACAUGAUUAAUGCAGAGGAAAAAAUAAAAGUUACUGGAUCUACUGACGACAUUGAGGCUGAUGAUGACAGCAGAGAUGAUUCAGGUAUAGUGGAAGCAUCCCCACCUCUGGUCUCUCCACGAAAGUUGAAACAACAAAGCACCGACGACAGCGAAGAUGAUGAACUGACGGAAGAAGAAGCCAGAAUAAUUGCUAAUCUGGAGCUGGAAGAUGACGAGGAUGAAGAAGAGAUCGAAAAAGAUAAGAAAAGUACAAAUGAAGGCGAGUCAUCUGCAACUGAAUCUGAGGAUAUUGCUCUGAAGUCAAUGAUGAUGAAACUUAGUAUAGAAGACAUUUCAAAUGAUACUACGAAUUACUCGCCCACCACUGAACACGAAGAAGAGUUUAUGCUAGAGGAGAAGUUAAUUUCACAAAUUGCUUACAAAGUAGAUCGACAUCCCCUGCCAGAUUCCCAUGGUAUCAAGGUGCAGAGAAGUGAGGAGUUGGUCAAGGAGAGAGACAUAACUACACCGGAACCUGAAUCAACAGAGAGUCAGCUCGGUGAAGAGAUGGAGCAAAAGGAGGAGAAAGAGAAGAUGGUACCAAAAGAUGAUGUGAUCACAAUCACUAAGAAUGUAGAAGUUGAGAAAAAGUUAGAUAAAACAGAAAUCAAGCCUGUGGAAGAAGAGGAAAUUAAGACCAAAGAUGAUGCAGUGCCUGUAGUAACUACUACUGCAAGUACGACUGCUGGAACAGCACAAUCAGAAGGCCAAUCUAACCAACUACAAGAACAAUUUGCCUUGUUACAGCAACAGUAUGCGGCCUUGCAGCAGCAAAUGAUUACCAGUCAACAAGCCGUAUUGCAGCAACAACAGCAACAAAUUGCUUCUGUCAGUCAGCUACCCCCCCAGGCAACUGCAACUAUGUCGGCUCCAAUGAUGAUGCAGCAGCCAGCUGUGAUGAUGCAGCCAGUCAUGACUCCACAACAGCAGCAGUAUCAGCAGCAGAUGUUGAUGCAGCAACAAAUGAUGCAGUAUAUGGGUAUGCAGCAACCGAUGAUAGUACCUGUUGCUUCAACUCCACAGAUGAUGACCUACCCUCAGCCCAUUGUCCAGCAACCAGUUAUGAUACCUCCUCAGUCUUCACAGCAACUUGUUGUUGGAUCACCUCCAAGGGUGGUGCAGCAAAUGAUGGUUGGUCACCGCCUCAUGCGAUAGGUUCUCCUCCUCAGGCAACCCAACAGCCUGUGAUAGGAUCACCCCCGCAGGCAACCCAACACCCUGUGAUAGAAUCAUCCCCCCAGACUGCACAACCCAUUGUAGUUGCGUCUUCUCAUUCCAAAACUACUGGGUU